CAAAUUACAGAGAAGCAAAACACUCCUUCUCUUUCUCCAAACACUUUUGUUCCUUUUCUUUUUUUUCUCUCUCUUUUUUUUCUUUAAAAAAACCUUUUUAGAGAGAGAAAGUGAGUUAAAAAAAAAAGCCUUCCGAGUUGCAGAGAGGCAGAGGCAUUGAAAUCGGUGAAAUUGUAACGUCUUUCACCCGGACACCGGCAACCGUUUUUAAACUUUCUUCUUCCCCCCACCCUUUCUAUAAAAUCCGUUACUUCACCGCCUUCCUUCCUCAUUGUAACAGCCUCCGGGCUCCAGCUCCGCCGCUACUACUCACUAAGCUCAGGUUGCUGAGGAUGUUAGAGAAGAUGGAAGUUCUGGAUGCUGAUAAAGUUAUUGAGGAAUUUGAAGAAAUUAGCAAGAAUGCUGAGAGGGUUCAGACAGAGACCCUGAAGAAGAUUUUGGAAGAAAAUGGGUGUGCAGAGUAUUUACAGAAACUCGGUCUAAAUGGAAGGACUGAUCCUGAUAGCUUCAAGGCCUGUGUACCGCUUGUUACUCACAAGGACCUGGAACCUUAUAUUCAGAGACUUGCUGAUGGUGAUAAUUCAUUGGUUCUCACUGGAAAGCCAAUAACAACUAUAUCUUUGAGUUCUGGUACUACUCAAGGGAAGCCCAAAUUUGUUCCUUGGAAUGAUGAGUUAAUGGAAACUACUUUGCAGAUAUACCGAACUUCAUAUGCCUUUAGAAACAGAGAAUUCCCUAUUUCAAAUGGAAAGGCCCUGCAGUUCUAUUACAGCAGCAAGCAAAGCAAAACAAAUGGGGGUUUGGCUGCAGGAACUGCAACUACAAAUGUCUUCCGCAAUGCUCGGUUUAAAAAUGCAAUGAGAGCAAUGCAGUCCCAGUCCUGUAGCCCUGAUGAAGUGAUAUUUGGUCCUGAUUUCUACCAGUCACUAUACUGCCACCUCUUAUGUGGCCUAAUCUUCUGGGAUGAAAUUCAGUUUGUGUCCUCAACAUUUGCUCACAGCAUUGUUUAUGCAUUCCGAACCUUUGAACAAGAAUGGGAGGAGCUAUGUGCUAAUAUACGAGAUGGGGACCUUACAAGCCGAAUCACAGUCCCAUCUAUCAGAAAUGCUAUGUCAAAACUGCUGAAGCCAAAUCCUGAACUGGCUGAGUUGAUCCACAACAAAUGUUCUGGACUGAGUGUCAGUGAUUGGUAUGGAUUGAUACCAGAACUUUUUCCCAAUGCCAAGUACAUCUAUGGGAUCAUGACUGGAUCAAUGGAGCCUUAUCUGACAAAGAUAAGGCAUUAUGCAGCGGAUCUGCCUCUUCUAAGUGCUGAUUACGGUUCUUCUGAAGGGUGGAUUGGAGCAAAUGUCAACCCAAAAUUGCCCCCUGAGCUGGCCACUUAUGCUGUGCUUCCUCAAAUUGGAUACUUUGAAUUCAUCCCUCUUAGGGGAAAUGUUGGCAACCUGCAGCAAGACAAAGAGGAAUCAACUUCCCUCUACGUGGAGCCCAAACCAGUAGGUUUGACUGAAGUCAAGCUUAAUGAAGAGUAUGAGAUCGUUUUUACCAAUGUUGCAGGUAAUCAAUUAUUUUUAUAACUGUUAGCUCCUUUUCUUUUCGAUGAGACUCUGUAUUCUUCUUAAUUAAUUUUUAAAGGCAUACACACACAUUUUGUAUGUUAAUUAUUUUCUAAAAAUCCUGGUAGAAGGCAAACUUUGAGGCUGCUUAGCUUAGAGCUGGAGAAUGUUAAUUUGUUAAGACACAGAAAAGGACUAGUUAAAAACCUUGAUUUGACAUGUUAAAAAUCCUGGUUGGACUUCUUAUAGCUUAAUUAAAAAUUGCACUCCUA